GGCGACACUUUGCUUUAAUGGAAAUGGUAUUUUAUAUUUACAUACUACAGCAUCUCUGACCCUGAAGAAUCUCCAAAUCCUUCCCAGAGCCUCCCAGAAAGGCUGGCACCUCAGGGUGAGCGGGUGUCAGUACCUUACCUUGCUAUAGUGCUGGGAGAAAGCACUGCAGCAGUCCCCAUCCUCUUACUAAAAAGCAUAUUGGCAACCUCAGCAUCUCAUCUGAAAGGGCACUGCAUGGAGCCCAAUGUGUCAUUCUUGGGAUUUGAACCUGUGGUCCCAGGGAGGGUCGUUUAGACUGCCAAGCCAUCAUCCUCUUGAGCAAUAAGAACAAAUGGGACUCAAGCGUCAGAGUCAAGACAGCGCUUUGGAAGCAGAAAAAGCAAACGCCUGUAUGUGCAGGCAUAUUUCCUCAGCCUGAAUUAAAACCCUUUUCUUUUAGAACCUUGUGCAAAUGCUGCUGGAAUACUGUGUCCAGUUCCGGUGUCCACAAUUCAAGAAGGGUGUUAAUAAAUCAGAGAGGGUUAAGAGAGGAUUAAAAGAUUAGAAUCUGCUUUAUACCAUGUAGGUCAAGUCACCCCUUAACCUUCUCUUUGUUAAGCGAACUCAACGGAGCUCCUUGAGUCUAUCACGAUAAGUACCUCCGUAGAAUCAGAAUCACAGAAAUGUGGGACUGCAAGGGACCUUGACAGGUCAGAUCUGUUCCAUGGGAAACAAAUAUUUAAUAAUGGGCUCUUCUAUCUAGCAGUGAAAAGUCUAAUGCAAUGCUCACAAUGGUCCCUUCUGGCCUUGGAAUCGCUGAACCUAUGAAAGCCAUUUAGAGAACUGAUAAUGGCGCUGAGACAAAAGGAGGCUGGGGGCUGGCUGCCUGCAGUCGCUUUCCUGAUAAUUAGCCCCCAUUUUAAAAAAAAAAGCCAGAAAACAAAACUACCAUGUCUGGUUCUUUCAGCUUCAUGGACAAAUACUUCUCCCAGACAAAAGCUUUUAGGGACAGCACUCACCAAUUCAUUGAAAGAUGCUUGACUACAGUUUCCUAUUGGUUGCUAUGGCGAGUGAUGAUGCAAUCAAAGAAGGGUAUAAUACAAGACUAUGGAGAGGUGACGGAUUUAAUCAGCCCGCAACCAAGGGAGUUAUCCAGGGAUUCUGGCUGUGGAGAGGAAGGCAAGGCAUCGCAAGCUCAGAUUCAUGCCUCAUGACUGAACAUUUAUUGGCCACUGCUUAAGAUAAAUGCCGAGAAAGUAGCAAGCAAGCUCCCCAAUCAGGAUCCCUGACUGGCACAACACAUGGCAUAUCGGAAGACCUGAUGCUUUCUAAAGCAACAAGUUAGCGACUGAAAAUGCAGUGAGUGCUUAGGCAAAUACGACAGUCACCGGGCCCUUUUCCAAGCCGCUAUGAACAUUGAAGUCCGCAACAUCUCUGACACAAGAGCCACUGUCUCCUGGUCCACAAACAACCCCUGCCCGGAGAACUAUUACCACGUCAUCUACCGUCCCAACUGGAACAGCGUCUUUGCGGGCCACUUGCGCCAGAACUUCCAUCGCGAGGAGAGGGUCCCCCACUCCCUUAGCUCCCUGGUCCUCCACAGACUUACUCCCUCAACCGUCUACAUUCUGUGCAUCACAUGUAAAAACUCCUACCCCUCCAGCAACCAUUGUACAACGUUCCACACUCUCGACCAGCACCCGCUGGCCUUGCGCGGCUUGAAGCAGGAAUCUGCCACCUCCAUGUGGAUGGUGAGCAGCCUAUUGCUCCUCUGCUUUACAGCCUUCUUGGUCUAUGGCUGUUUGCAGUUCUGGUUCUCAAGGUGCCACAAAGUGUCAAGGUUGGGGCAGUAUAGUGCCAACCCAGAGAGGGAAGCGGAUGAACAGACAAGCUCGCCUGAGGGGACUCUGAGCACUGGACUGAAGGAGGAGCUGCUGGAAGUCCCCAUGACGGCUAUCCUAAUGAGGAGUUCCAGUAUCAUGACAGAGAGCCCAUAUAGGUCCCCCCACUGCUUCUUUCCAAUCCAAAGCAGUGAUGACAAGAGGGCCAUCUUACCUCAGCAUGGGUUCAAAUGAAAGGGAAAUAAAAGGAGCUCCCAGCAUGGGGAACGCCCGGCAAUUUGUUUUUCAUUUCAGUGGGGCUGCUCUCAUGCUGCAAAUGUUGACCUGACAUGUAUCGGUGUUCUUACUACGUUGCCCUGGGAUGGAACUUGGGGUGGAAAACAGCAGGCACUCCCUGCAGAAACGGCCAGGUUUACAUGGACUCAGAGGUGGAACUAAACUGUAGGCCUGAUCCUGCUUGCUUUGAGGUCAAAGGCAAAACUUCCCUAGACUUUAGUGGGAGACAGCACAAGUCCUGGGACUGUUACAGUUACGCCCUGCAGUGCAGCUGCCUGUACUGUACUUGUCACUGGGGACCAAAUCCCGAGAGGGUCUGAGUACCUGCAACUCUCAUGGCCUUCACUGGCUCUGCAGUCACCUCACAGGGUUUGGCCCUGCUUAGGGGACUUCAGCCUUCAGGGCACCUUUCACCUACGGAAUUGCUUCAGUGGAAAACCAAUCAGCCAUUUUGGGUGGAGUUAUGGGUAGCUCGGGGCUCUAGGAAUGGAAUAUUGAGUCAUCUACUUCUAGGUCACUAGAUAAGCCUGCAGUGCCCCUGCACGUGCUGUAUCUGUGCUGUGCAGUCAUCUCAUAGGGCCUUCAGCCACCUUUCCCUGGUAAUAAAACUCACCCUUAAAGCCACUACCAUUACCUCCCAGGCCUCCCCAGUUCUAUGUAAACAAGUCUGCCAUAUACAUCUGAUGGAUAGAUUGCCUGACACUGAUGCCCAGCAAUAUAUAUACACACACCAUCAUUCCACUAAUUCACCUUUCAGACUACAGGGAUCCCAGUGCUCCUGUGGUACCUAUAACCGGGUGGGAGGGGAGCCCCUCGCUGAGUCUCACCAAUCCAUUCUAAUCUCUGUAUCUCUAGACAGGGGCUGUUCGGUGGCUCUGUCCCAGUGUUAGUCAUCAACACAGGGCUGUGGCCUUUCGGCUCACUCUGACACCGGUGCUUUAAGGAGGAAAGAAGAACUGACAAAGCGGCAACACACUGGUUGCCUCGCCCAGCUUUUCGGUCUCAGCAAAGCCAAGCCGACUUGUGUGUUUCUGGCAUUCUGCUAAUGAACCUUUCCUGGCAUUUCCCACCUGGUGACUGAUUUCUGUGUACAAUCUGCUUUCCUCAUUGUUCAGCCUCCCUAAAUAAAGUCCUUCUUCCUG